AUGGUAGCCAACAAGAAGUCCGAGGCCACCUCACUAUGGCAGCGGCGCGUCAAGGUCGCCAUGCCAAAGGCCGAUAAGAUCCUAGAGACAACAGCUUGGACCUUGCUUGGCGGCGUGGAUCGCAAGAUCAUUCGGGACCAGAUUGAUGCCUUUCUCGAGAUAGCAAUUGCCGAGGCAGUCAAGAACCUCCCCAAGGGCGAACGUUUGGAUUAUGACCCAAUGAUCAACCAAGCCAUUCAGGAGGCCUUUUCAGAUCAUUUUCAUCUCUUCUCCUGGGCUACUGAUCAGGAUGCCGAGAACAAGAUGAUGGACCCUAGGCACAUGGACGGCUGGGAGGAUGAGUCCUGCCCUCAUGAGCUCUUCGACAUGCACGGCGUAUGA